AUGCAAUGGCGGGAACUCAAGGACACUAAGACGAUGAGAUUGCUGGCGUGGGUUCGAGAUCAAAGAGUGGUGGUGCUAGUGGAUAACAGUUCGUCUCAUAAUUUCAUUAACACUACCUUGUCAAAUAAAUUGAAUUUACCGAUGACUAAGGUGGAUCCUUUUGAUCUGGAAGGGUUAGGACCGGUAACGACGGAUUACAAGGUGGGCACGAUGGAAUUUCGUUGGGGUGACGGAAUAGUUAAGUUGUCGGCUGGAAAUAAUGAGGGAGCAAAGAAGACGAGCUUGAAUAACUUGGAAAAAUUGUGGAAGGGGGGUAGCCAACUCUUUGCUAUGAAGGUGGAGAAAAAAGAGAAGGAGCUCGAGAAGGAACCGUCAAUUAAUCGAGAGGUACAAGACUUGCUAGAUCAAUUUGGUGAAGUGAUGACCGAACCUAACGGUCUUCCUCCAUGGCGAACUUUCGAUCACCACAUACCAUUGAAGGAUGAGACUCAGGCGGUACAUGUUCAUCCUUACCGUUAUGCUCAUUUUAAAAAAACAGAGAUUGAGAGACAAGUACGUGAAAUGCUAGAAACCGGGUUGAUUGGGCACAGUACUAGCCCAUUCUCUUCUCCUGUAUUAUUAGCUAAGAAAAAAGAUAGAACUUGGAGAUUUUGUACACACUAUCGGGUGCUAAAUGCGACAACCAUAAAAGACCGCAUCCCAAUUCCUAGUAUUGACGACAUGCUGGAUGAGCAUGGAGGAUCGAAAUAUUUUUCAAAAUUGGAUCUCAGGGCGGGUUACCAUCAGAUAAGGGUGGCAGAGUUACCAUCAGAUAAGGGUGGCGGAGGAAGACAUCCCAAAGACGACGUUUCGUACUCACCAAGAGUGGUAUUGAGCAUAUUGGCGGCGAAUGCUUUUCAUAAAAAACCGUCUAAGUGCUCAUUUGGCCAAGGAUCGGUAGAAUAUUUGGGGCAUAUAAUUUCCUAUGAAGGUGUGAAUGUGGAUCCUCGAAAAAUUGAGGCUAUGCAAGAUUGGCCGAAGCCAAAGAGUUUGAAAGAAUUGAGAGGAUUCUUGGGACUAACAGGCUAUUACCGGAAAUUUGUCAAUGAUUAUGGCUCGAUUGCUAAGCCUCUGACGGACAUGACCAAAAAGGGAGGAUUCAAAUGGACGAUGGCGAGUGAGGAAGCAUUUGAUCAACUCAAAUUGGCUAUGACGACUACUCCCGUUUUAGCCAUGCCCAGGUUUGACAUCAUGUUUGAGGCUUUAGGGAGCAUGCUCAUCGGGUGGUCAGUAUACGUGAAAGAGAUGCUCACCGUCAUUGAAGCAAACUCGGUGGCGGAUGCAUUGUCACGUCGCACUGACGUGGCUAAACUCCAGGCUAUCUCCGGACCGACAUGGGCCAUAUGGUAUCAAUUACGAGAGGCACAUGCACUAGAUGCCUUUUGUAAUGAGACUCGUCGUCUUAUGGAGGCACAAGAUGAGACGGUUUACGUACCAGAGACAGAACAGUUAAGAAGCUCGAUCAUGCAAUACUUUCAUGAUUCAAAGAUCGGAGGCCAUUCCGGGGUGUACCGUACAUGGGGUGAAAUCGGAUUCACGAAAACCGAGUGGCUUGUUGCAACCUCUACCGGUACCCGAUCGUAUAUGGGAGGAUAUCUCUAUGGAUUUUAUCGAGGGAUUACCGAGAUCCAAUGGGUUAAACGGAGUUAUGGUGGUGGUAUAUCAUCUAACCAAGGGACCGAAUUAGCUAUGAGUUCAGCGUACCAUCCUCAGACAGACGGGCAAACCGAGGGGUUCUUGCCUUGGGCCGAAUUCUGGUAUAAUACCACUUUUCACGCAUCUACCAAGUUUACCCCAUUUGAAUUGGUAUACGGACGAGCAACUCAAAUGCUUGUCAGUUAUCCGGUGGGAAAGUCCCCAAAUGCAGAAGUUCACCGGGAGUUAAUGGAACGGGACUUGUUGAUCAGAGAGCUCAAACAGAAUUUAUCCCGAUCAAUUAAUAGAAUGAAAGAGUACUAUGACAAAGGACGUCGGGAGGAGACAUUUGGGUCAGGGGAUUGGGUUUAUCUCAAGUUAAGGCCGCACCGUCAACAAACUAUUUCUCAAAAGGUGUUAUACAAGUUGGGGAAUCGAUUUUACGGGCCUUAUCAAAUCAUAGAAAGGAUAGGUGAAGUGGCAUACACACUAGAGUUACAUGAGGGGUCUCAAAUUCACCCCGUCAUCCAUGUAUCACAACUGAAAAGAAGCUUAGGUUAUGCCCGUGAAGCUCAUACUCGGUUACCGGCGGUAAAUGAAGAUGGACAAAUUAUUGUACUGUAG